GUCCUGCCCACAAAGCUCUGAGCUCCACUCCCAGCCAUCAGUCUCCCUCACUGGGCCUCCCUAACAAACCCCGACUGGGAGCCCCGGCCCGCCGGCCCAGAGGUCUGUUAUUUGAUGAAGACUCUCGCCACAACACUUCUGACUCCAUAUUUAGUCCGCAUGGCAACACGGGAGGUCGCCCGGGGUCGGCAGACUUCAGCCACAACACCUCAAGCUCCAACUCACCCGUCAACUGUAGAGACCCAUCAGAUCGCCAGACUCGCUCAGCCAGCCUCUCCAGUGAUGAUGUCACGGGUCUCAGCCAAUCACAACUGGCUCUGUCACGUAGCUCCACCCUUCCAUAUGACCACGUGCCCAAGAGGGCUCAACCACAACGUGGGGUUGGGGUUCGGAGUAAGACUUGUACGUCUUCUCCUGUUAAGGACAUGUUGACCCUGGAAGAGUUUCUAUGUGAGAGCAACCUGAAGUCACCUCCUAUGGUGUCAACAGGAAGCAAGGAGGACUUAAUGACUGACUACUUCACCAGAAGUCCCGCCCCCUCGGGUCCCCCUGGCAAAGAUCAGACUCCUACCAGCUAUGUCACGCCCACUGUACAGGCAUCCAACCAGAGGCCGGGACAGAGCGUCAAGCCGUUGCCCCGCCAGCCUGUGGGCCAAUCACCAGCCUCGGGCCAGACCGUCAUCCAGAGGUCCGGCCAAUCACUGAGCAGGGCGUACAGCCUGGCCUCGGCUGAUUUGUUGCGCUCAAACGGACCAGACAGUUUCCAUGGAAAUGACGGCCAAUCAGAUGGGGUUGUCCGCAGACCAGGGGCAGGGGCUAACGGGAGGGAACGCCCUCUGUCUGCUCGGCUGGCUGGCCCAACCAAUCAGCCUGCAGACAGCAGCUUCCUGAAUCUUCCCAUUCACCAUUCCACCUCUCUCAAUCUGCAGACAGAGAGACACGCAGAAAGAGAGAGGGGGAGGACUCCUGUCUCUCGGAACGGCCCCACCCCGUCCUCCACCUACCACAAUGUGGCUGAGGUUGCCAUGGUCACCCCUGUCAGGGCUGUGUCGGCCAUGCGGCCUGAAGAACCCUCAGUAAAAGGGGAGGGGCUAAUGUCAGGUGACUCCUCCCAUGUAGAGAAGGAGAGUGAGCAGGCAGGGUGUGGAUCUGUGGAACGGCCCAAAAGCACGCCUUCGUCCCCCGAUCCCAACAACGACCCUCAGACUGUGUGGUAUGAGUAUGGCUGUGUCUGAACGCCAACCCAAAGAACCAGUGUGGCUCAAAUCUGGAACUGGAUACAGACUGCUGGGGCUGAUCAUUGGAGCUUUACAAACCCUCAGACACAAGCUAUCAGCCUCUGAAAUGUAGAUAAAUGCUUCAACUCUUGGAAGUCUACUCUUUGCUCCAAUUCAACUGGAAAUAAGUCCAAGAGCUGUCACACAUGCAUUGCUUGAUCAUGCGACAUACCUGCUGAAAGUUCGACAAAGUUGAACUCCAUUGGAUAAGAAGAUGCAACUUUUAAAACCUGGAAAACAAAGCCACAUUUUGAAGGAAACCAUUUAUUUAUUGAAUCAAAAGCUGAAUCUGUCUGAGGUGGAUGCACUAUGGAAGGAUUUUAUAUGAACACACCAACACUAUAGAUGGUCUCUGAUGAUGCUGGAGUACAUUGUACACUGUAAUCACAAGCAGCCUCCAGUCCACACCAUGGGUUUUCCAAAGGUGUUGCAUUAACUGGCUGUUUUUUAAUAUUGAAUGUUUUGACCAGAUGAUCACAUUUUUUUAAAGACUUGAACACAUACAGAAAUGGAGAUUGGAGCUGAGAAUCCAUAACACUUAAAGACUGCAGGUACAGAGGACAAGAAUACCAAGUGUGGGCUCAGUCUAUGAGCUGGAACUCUUUGACCUGCUGGGGUUUACCUGGAAUCAACCCGAAACAAACCAUCUUUAAAAACAGUGGUUGGACUGAAGUGAAGACAAACAGAAGCAACUGAAUGUAUCGGAUUUCUCCUCCUUUUUCUGUUCGCCUCAAUUAUCUAAAACAAACACUGGAAUACAGGAGCGGGAGAGGGGGGUUAAAGCAAAGAGAGUAGAAGCAAGUGAUGGAGGAAGGGGUUGAGUGGAGCUUUAUUGAGAACACUGAUGGAUGCUGGGAUGGACAGAUAUAAAAGUGGAAGCAGUGACUUGAGGAAGGAAAGACAAAAAAUGACGGGCAGGGCUGCUCCCAGUUAAAUUACAGUCUUUCUCCCUCCAUCUUUAGACUCUGUCCCAGCAUGCAACACGCUAACACUUUACUGGAAAUGUUGUUGUGCCCGAGCCAACACUAGUUCCACAAACACACACACCAACACACACACAUGUGUAUAUAAAUAUAUAUAAUGAUAUAUACAGACGGAAGAAUUGUCCUUGAGGGGCUUGGUUGGGGCCUCGCUAACCAUUGAGCUGGACUUAAUUCACACACACACACACACCACAGGGUGAACCACUGUGUUUUUGCGAGGGUGUACCCCUGCAUGCUAAGUGAGCCGGACAGUUGUAAGUACGGCACGACAGAGAGGGAGAGACCCAGAGAGUGCAGACCCUCUGUGGAGAGGAGAGUUUGCAUUGAAUGAAUUAGCUCUGGCAGCAGUUGGGGGUUGUAUAAUAGCUGAAAAACCAAGUGUUUGCUCGAUUCUCCAGUCAGUGAACAGAUGAUUUUGUCCUCAGCUCAAGUGUCUCUGGUCACUCUGGAACUUUGGUGCGCCAUACAUAUAUCACUUCAUACGAGCACAUGUUCUAUUGAGUGGCGCAAGGAUAAAAAAAAUUUAAAGGCCAGAAAUUGUCAUUGCAAGGGAUCCUUACGGAGGCCGACAAGUGCAAAUGUGCAUUAGCAUAAAAAACGCCCAUUAGGAGAAAUGCGCUGGCAUUUCUAACAAAGGAUGCAAAUUUAAAAACACAAAUGUGCCAAAGCACGUGCAAAUAAAGAAACAUCUUCACCAACUACAACAUGGCAUGGCUGCACACGGUAACCGCUAAACUAAAGGCGGCUAAUGUUCGGCCUGAUGCCAUUUAGUAGUCUCAUGUAGCUACUAUCGUUUCUUAUGACAUGCUAACGCUUCAGACAUUCAACAGUGUGGUAUUUACUGACAUUCAUUUCAGGCAUCUAACCAAAAACACAUUCAAGAAAGGCUCAUUUCUAAGUUUGAGGAUUUGUGAUUCCUGCACUGCUCUAUUAUGUCCUCUGAAGCUUCUUGACUCUAUUCACAACACCGUCUGACAUACUCACUUUGUAAUCACUCAUUUGAAUGUAAUCACAUCAACAAAGAGAUAUAUGAAACACCUCUUGUCCCUUUAUUAAAAGCAGCAAGAUUAUUACAAGAUGUUCAUCUUUCACACACAUUUAACUGAACUAUGUUUCAAUCACACACAAUGAUGCACAAUGAGUCCGAUUCAAAUGGAGACACAUUUAGCUUUUAGUGUUUUCAUCACCACUCUUGGGAGGAUUUAUAAAUACUUGCUGCAUUUUUUGAGCCCAUUAAACAAAGAAAAGAUGAGGAGGCGGAAGACAUUAAGGAGACAGUCGGUGUUAAAUAAAUUAGUUAUUGUUAUGCUAAUUCUACUGAUUUGACCCUUGACUGUACUGCUGUCUGUAAUCACUAACCCAUCCCUCCUGCAUUGUUCAUGACGGAGGCAAAGACAUUCCUAAAAAGCACUAAAACGAUGAUGAUGAUGAAGAUGAUGAUGAGGAAGAUGCAACACUGGAGAAUGAAGAUUUGACUGGAAUUGCUAACCUCUCACCUUCCCAGCAUAAAGCACAUGUCAAUA